UCUUCUCCCUCAUCUCUCUGGUCGUCACAUCACUCACAAAUGGCUUCUUCGAUUGCCGCCACUGCUUUAUCUCGUCUCUUCCUCUUCCGACUCUCCCCCAAAACCUCCUCUCCUUCAAUUUCUCCUUUCUUCAUCAUCAAACCGAAGUCCCGCAAUUUCAAUCGGACAAUUUCAUCGUCAAUGGCUUCAGAUCCCAAAGAAUCUCCCUCCAAUAAUCCGGGGCUCCACGCGAACCCGGACGAGGCAACUAAAGGUUACUUCAUGCAGCAAACUAUGUUUCGGAUUAAGGAUCCAAAAGUCAGUCUUGAUUUUUAUUCUCGCGUGUUGGGCAUGUCGUUGCUUAAGAGGUUGGACUUUCCAGAAAUGAAGUUUAGCUUAUAUUUUAUGGGUUAUGAGAAUCCAGCAUCAGCUCCAGGCAACUCAGUUGAUCGAACUGUUUGGACAUUCAGUCAGAAGGCUACCAUUGAGCUCACACAUAACUGGGGAACUGAGAGUGAUCCUGAUUUCAAAGGCUACCAUAAUGGAAACUCAGAACCUCGUGGCUUUGGACACAUAGGGAUUACUGUUGAUGACACAUACAAGGCUUGUGAGCGGUUUGAAAGUCUGGGAGUGGAAUUUGUGAAAAAACUUGAUGAUGGGAAAAUGAAAGGAAUAGCAUUUAUUAAAGAUCCUGAUGGCUAUUGGAUUGAGAUUUUUGAUCUCAAAACAGUUGGAAAUCUAACUGCUGGUGCAGCUUGACAUACUGCUAAAUGUAUUUGAGGGAUGUGUCCGCAUCUGUGCCUUCUCGAUGGACGGACCCUGGAUGUUGGGAAAGAAAAUUGGAUUUUAUGAACUGGGUUCAGUUUUGCAGCUCUUUCCCUUCGUUUGACUCAUCAUGUACGAUAACAAUGCUGGUGUUCAAAUGUUGACUGCGAGGGAUGUUCUCAUCUUUAAUGAUUGCAUGCUUUCUCAGAGUAAAAAAUAAGGCAAGGAAGGAAGAAAUAAAAAUGUGCUUGUUCUGUGGUGUAUCCUUCCUACCACUCUACUGUAUUGAGUGUGUAAUUGCAUAGAACUCGAAUUCUUUGUUUGCAAUGUUGGGCUUUCGUGUAAGGCCCAUGGCAGGCUGAGUGGGUCAUGGGGGCUCAACAUUAAGGCCGAAGCCCAGAUCAGGGAGACAUAUCUUCUCGGUUUUACCUUUUCUUUUGUCUCA